CCAAGCAGACGAAAACUUUGUAUACAUUGCGUGCUUAGCCUCUUAGUAUAGUCUAUAGUGCCUCGAUGCAUGCCGCCAUGCGUUGUAUACAGCGUGGUUGGCGUCCUGUUCUAGUGCGAUUUGUCUAACAUUUACUCUCUCGCCGACUCUCCACGCUGCCAGUUCAUCAAUAUCGUGCAUCGGUUGCGCGUGGGAAGUAAUAAUUUAUAGUUUUUUCGUUGUAAAAAUGGACGAACGUGCCAAAGUUGAUCGUCAAGAUAGAGAUAAAGAGCGAGACCGCAGUGACAGAGGUAAGGACAGAAAAAGUGACAGAGACAGAGGCAAAGAGGGGGAGCGAGAUCAUGGGAACAGAGACAAGGAUAAGAAACGCAGAUCGCGCAGCAAAGAACCAAGACGUCGUUCCAGAUCUAGGAACAGAAGUAGAAGGUCGAGAGAUCGCAAGAGAAGCGCUUCGCCACGUGAUAAGAAAAGUGGCGGCGGCACCAAACGAAGAAAGCCAUCGCUCUAUUGGGAUGUCGCUCCGCCGGGAUUUGAGCACAUCACCCCGAUACAGUACAAGGCCAUGCAGACAGCCGGUCAAAUUCCAAUUAAUCCUAUGCCUGAUAUACCGCAAGCUGCUGUACCCGUUGUCGGUAGUACGAUCACCCGACAAGCUCGACGAAUUUACAUUGGCAACUUACCUUUCGGUGUUACGGAGAAAGAGAUGAUGGAGUUUUUCAAUCAAAAAAUGCACCUUUCCGGUUUGGCUCAAGCUGAUGGGAAUCCAGUCCUUUCGUGUCAGAUUAAUCUCGAUAAGAAUUUUGCAUUUCUAGAAUUUCGUUCUAUCGACGAAACUACUCAGGCGAUGACGUUUGAUAAUAUCGAGUUCAAGGGUCAAAUUUUGAAAGUCCGCCGCCCUCACGAUUAUCAGCCAAUGCCCGGGAUGGGCGACACUGGUGGCUCGAGCGUUCCAGAUUCACCUCAUAAAAUUUACAUCGGUGGUUUGCCUAUUUACUUGGGAGAGGAUCAAGUGAAGGAGUUGCUCAUGGCCUUUGGGCCACUACGUUCCUUCAACUUGGUGAUGGACUCGGCGACCGGUUUAUCCAAGGGCUUCGCAUUCUGUGAGUAUAUGGACGUGUCAGUAACAGACAUGGCAAUCGACGGGCUUCGAGAUAUUCAACUGGGCGACCGGAAAAUCAUCAUACAGAGGGCAAGUGUUGGUGCUAAAAAUGCUCUGGCAGGCACUCAAGCACCGGUGCAAAUCCAAGUGCCUGGAUUGUCUGCUGUUGGCGCUGCUGGACCGGCUACGGAAAUAUUAUGUUUGUUGAAUAUGGUUACACCCGACGAAUUGAUGGAGGAAGAAGAAUACGAAGAUAUCUUGGAGGAUAUUAAAGAGGAAUGCAACAAAUAUGGUGUGGUUCGUUCGCUUGAAAUUCCGAGACCUAUUGAAGGGGUCGAAGUUCCUGGAUGUGGAAAAGUAUUUGUCGAGUUCAAUAGUGUGCUGGACUGUCAAAAAGCGCAACAGGUUCUUAGUGGACGGAAGUUCAGUAACCGUGUUGUAGUAACGUCAUACUACGAUCCUGACAAGUAUCAUAGAAGAGAAUUUUAAUACUAAUUACCUUUUUUAUUAAUUCACAUAUUCUAAUACAUGGACAAUUUUUCAAUAAUUUUAUUGUUAUUUGACUUUCAAACAGUACGAUUAUCACCUAUGCUUUGUGUAUAUAUGACAUCAAUCGAUUUCCAAAUAAUUUGUGUACAAAUUAUAACGAUGUUCAUUUUUGUUUGUGAAAAUAAACUUUUUAAUUAAUUUUUUAAUAAAGGAAUUUUUUAA